UGGGGAAUGUUAGUAUAACGAUAAUUUAGACAGCAAGAGCUGCAUACGUUGACUGAUAACCAUUCCUCUAAAUUCAACAGCUACCUUUGUAAUUGGAGUUUCCAGCUGAGAGGUUACAACAGCAAUCAUGGCACGCGGCUGCAGCUGCAGCAAGGAGGCUUUUCGGAUUAUAAUAUGGAUGUGCUGGGUUGCUAACAUGAUUGUCACCACAAUUUAUUACCUCCUAUCGGCGGUGACUUUCUACAAGCUCCUGAAUGCUUCACAGCAGUCCAUCUUGAACCCAAAGCUUUUGGAGAUCGACAGGAUUUGGCGUGCUCCUCUCGCCGCGUGUCUGCUGGGUUCGCUUCUGGUCUUUGGUUUCAACAUGUUCAGCUGCUGCAUCUUGCUCAAGAAGUCCAUUAACCGUAGCGGCCCAGGGUUUGGGUAUGGCUUUAUGGUUGCCUUCUGCUUCACGCUCGCCUUCUUCUGCCUUCUUGUGGGACUUACCAUGGACGGUUUCAAGCAAACAAUACGCGGCGCGCUCGAAAAUGACGUGACGGCCUGGGGAAAGUACAGCACGGAUCUGUACAUCGGCGCGGAAGUCUUCGCCUUCAUCUGCUUUGCCAUGUUCAUCCUGUUCUUCCUUAUACUCGUCAUUUUUCAAGGCGCUGUGUCAGACCAUCUUGGAAUCAACACGGAGAUGAACAAUCCGUAUGUGCCGAUGGCUGAUCCAGCUACCUUGGGGUUGACGGCUGGUGGUGCUGUAAUGUCCAGCGAUGAGAAGGCUGUAUCAUCGACGGAUCCGCAGUACAACACACAGUAUAACCCCAACGACUACAUGAACAAUGACCAGUAUAACCAGUACUACAGCACGCAUUAUAACCAAGGCGCCGGUGCGUACCAGAGUACCACGGAGUUUAACACCAAUGAGUACACAUACGACCAGGAGCAGGGUUACCAAGCGCCAUACGACACCAAUGGAUAUUCCACGGUGCCAACCGGCGGCCAUGCAGCGGGCAGCGCCGCGACCCCGGCUUACGCCGCGCCACAACCGCCUGCCUACAACGACCACGCGAGUGAGUCUGCGGCGGCGUUCUACAGCCAGCAAGGCGCUUACGGAGCGACCGCAUCGUACGCAACGCCGAUCAAAAAGCCCGUUCCGGACAACUGGGGGCAUUACGGCUACAGCGAGGCUGGCUUGGCCUAUCAAGCGAGCGCCAUGUCGCAACUCUUGGGCUCCAGCCUGCGUUUUUUUCCGGGGGCGGAAAAGCUGGAUGCGUCUGCUUUGCGGCAUGUCCUGCGGGAGAACUUCAAAGCAAACAAAGGGGCAAGUUCCGCAGACACGCCACGGCUGGUGGGCGAGGCAAUGGCGGCACUCCGCGUACUGCUGGAGCAGCUCUACCUGCACCGCUGCUCGUCCACGUGUACGACGGAGGGAGUGCGGGUCGAAGCGACCUCCAAGUUCAGCACGGCCGCGAACACGUACGGACGCAGCCAGAACCUGUUUUCCUACCGGGUCCGGGUCACCAACCUAAGGGACGAGCCCAUUCAAGUGCUAGGCAGAGAAUGGACCAUCCUGAACGACAAAGGCGCGGUGGUGGUCCACGUGCCCCACGUGCCCGGCAAUGCUGUCGUGGGCCAGCAACCCAUCAUCCCUCCGAAUGAUUGCUUUGAGUACAUCAGUGGCACGGAUCUGGAUACGCCCUCCGGCCUUCAGCGCGGCAUGUUGGAGCAGGAGAGGCGACACACGCCGGCAGAGGCAAUGGACUGGGGGCCAGAUAGGCUGUGCUGGCCUGCCUGCGAACACAGCCGCCCACUGGCCGGUGGCACAAUGGGCGAGGCCGCUAAGGGUUGUGUGGAGGGGGGAAAUGACGUGCUGCAAGGAAAUCAGGAAUGAACUGCCGGAGGGCCUCCAAGGUCCGAAACUGCCGACGAGGGGCGACUGGGAAGGUACCUUUCUUGACGAGCGACCGGCUGUUAAAGCAGUCCGCCGCCUGGGCCGCCCGGGAAGGGAGAACAGCUGUCGUGGGUUGUUGUCGGGCCGGCGGGGGCUCGGCGGUUGCUGGUAAAUCGGUCCUGGCAUGCAACAUGCACGUACAGGCAUGCUUACAUACAUACAUACAUACAUACAUGUAUCCGUCCUUGGAG